AUGAAUAUCGAUAUCUCAACAGGUCCUAUAAAUACUCCAAAAGAUCCACAAAACUCGAGUAACCUAGAAAUCCCCAUAUCAAAUCCAGACACAACUUCUUUUAUCAAAGAAGAAACCUUUCCUAAUAAGUUUCCAUUUCCAUUAGAAGAUUUACCAGAGGACACCCACAUCAGUUACUUCAACCAAAGAGUUUCUUCAUUACUAUCUCCAAGAGACAAAAACAUAGUAAUUGCUCCUUCAUUUAAUUUCAGCGCUGAACAAGAAAAUAUAUGGGAAAAUGAAAUUGAAAACUUGAACGACAAAUUAAAUGAAAGUGCUCAAACAAUUUUAUCCUUAAUCCUCCUCUCUGAGCGAAUAAAAACUUAUAUACAAAUUUUACUUAUUUUUGGUUUUAAAAAUUUAAAAAAACCCAAUUAGAAAUAAUCUAAAGCAGAUAUUUGAUUUAAUUUAUGUUUUAAAAUGCAAACUGUUUGAAAUUUAGCAGAUUUAGCUAGAGAUUUCAUUAUAAUAAUUAUCGCUAAUAAAAAGUAUUUGUCAUUAUUGGAGGGAUUUUCCAAUGGCUUUGCUUGCUCAUGGAGGGGAGAGUUAAGGUCAGAAUAUUCCAAGUUGCAAUCACUUUAUGAAGAAAGUAAGAGUGAAUAUGAAAAUGAUGCAAAAUCUAAUAAAAUUAUGAUAGAAAAUUUAUGUAAAGAGUGCCAAGAACAAAAAAAUAAAAUUCAAGAUUUAUACUUUUUUGGCUAAAUGGCCAUUUUUAUCUAAUACUGUUCAUAAAAAGAUUUCUAAAAAUAUCAGAUUAAGAAUGAAAAUUCAAAAACUGACAGCUGAGAAUGAAAAAUUGCAGUUUGAGAACACUGAAAAUGGCAUCACACUAUCAGAAAAAGAGCAAAUUAUUCAAGAUUUUGAAAAUGAAAUAUCAAAGUUAUCUUACACACAUAGAAGCGAAAUAGAUUCAUUAAACAGCAAAAUACCACUUUUGGAUGAUGAAUAUAAAAUUAAGCUGAAAGCAUGUGAAGAAGAGAAUCAAGCAAAGCUGAAAGAAUAUGAAGCAAAAAUAAAAGAACUGACCUCAGAUUUUUCGAAAUUAUCAGAAACCCACAGAACUGAAAUCGAUUCUCUAAAUCGCAAUAUGUUAUUAAUAGAAGAAGAGCAUAAAGAAAAGCUAAAAACAGUUGAAGAAGGUGCCAAAAUAAAGAUAAAAGAGCUUGAAGAGACAAUAAAAGUGCUGAAAAUUGAAAAUGAAGAAUUAAAGAAACAGCAACUAACCAGCCAAAAUUUAAAUUCAUCUUUUUCCUCAUCCAAAGAUAAUUUCACUUUUUCAUUCCACUCAAAUUAUACUGACCUAAGUGAAGCCACAAGAGAGUCAAAAGGAUAUAGUGCUCUAUCAGAAAGGGAAUAUGAAUUUACACCUAUCAGACUCGAAAAAGAUGCCCUUGAAGAAAGAGUCAGGUCGCUUGAAAUCCAGCUAAAUUGAUAUAGAGCAAAAUUCGGGUACAAAUCAAAAGAAGCGAUCAUCCAAAAGCCUGAGCAUCUGAUACUAGACGAAUACAAGCCGAAGCGAAAACAGUUAGAAACAGUAAAAGAAGAGCUAAAAACUAAUCCAAAAAACAAAAAAAUUGACGAAAUUGUAAGCAUGUUCAGAAAAAAUCCAAAAUAA